AUGUCUUCCUAUACUUGUAAUUCAUGUUUAUUACAAUUUUCAACUUCUUUGGAUCAAAGAGAACAUAUGAAAGGCGACUGGCACAGAUAUAAUUUAAAAAGAAGAGUUGCCAGUCUACCACCAAUAACUGAACAUGUCUUCAAUGAAAAAGUUCAAAAGUUAACUACUAAAAAUGAGGAUGAAACUGUUAAUAGUACCAAAAAAUUAACCAAAAAAGAGUUAAGAAGAUUAGAAAAGGAAAAAUUAUUAGAAAAAAAGAAAAAAUUAUUGGAAAUAGCAAAAGAAAAUAUGCUAAAACAAAGUGGAAAACCAACUGAGAUUUCUGAUAAUAUUAAUGAAAAAUUAGAAACAUUAGAUAUUAAUACACCAAAGAUACAACAAGAAGAGGAAGAAGAAGAAGAAGAAGAAAAGGAAAAAGAAAAAAAUGUUACCGAGGAGGAGUUAAUGAACGAAAAAAUAUCUAACAAAGUUGAUAUCUUACUAGAACAAUGCUUGUUUUGCCAUAAUAAAACUUUUAAAACUUUUGAAAAUAACUUGGAACACAUGUUUAAAAGUCAUGGAUUUUAUAUUCCUGAACAAAAGUAUUUAAUUGACAAAGAAGGAUUAGUCAAAUAUUUAGGUGAAAAAAUUGGAUUGGGUAAUUUGUGCUUGUGCUGCUCUUACCAAGGUAGAUCUAUACAUGCAGUCAGAGCUCAUAUGCUCAGUAAAUAUCAUUGUAAGAUUCCUUAUGAAAAUGAAGAUGAAAAGUUGGAAAUUUCAGAAUUCUAUGAUUUCAGCAGUACUUACAAUGAUUUUAACAAUGCUACCACCGAAGAAAAUGACGAUGAGGAAGAAUGGGAAGAUGUUGAUUCUGGAGAAGAAGAAGAAGAAGGAGAAGAUAAUACAGAGGAUAUAUCUCAAGAAUAUUUAUACAAUGAUGGCUAUAACUUACACCUACCAACAGGAAUAAAAGUGGGACAUAGAUCAUUACAACGUUAUUAUAAACAAGUUGAAAAGCCAGAGCAAGUUUUAACUGAGGGACAAGGCACUGUUAUUGCUGCAGAAACAAGACAUUUUGCCAAUAUCUUUGAUAGGCAACAAAUAGCAACAAAUAAAAGAGUGUGGCAAUCACAAGUUAAAGAUAUGAAAAGAAAUGAUAAAAGAAGUGCUAAAUUCAUUAAUAACCAAACCCACUACAGGGACCAACUAUUACAAUAG